CGUCAUAAACAUUUGACGUACUUUUUUAGUUAAAUCGAUAAUUUAAAAUGGAUAGCAAACUUCAAACUAACAGCACAUCAAAACCAUCUAAACCACGUUUUAUAUUCGAAGAGCACAAUGAGUUUAUCAAAAGAGAGCGAUCAACAAAAGAAAAACUUGUUUUAUACCCUGUUAUAAAUAUAGAUGUUGUGAAAGAGGAAGUAAACGAACCAGAGCCAUGUAAUAAUGUAGAUUUUCCUAUUGAAACUAAUUUAAAUAACCAGGUAAAAGUUUUGAACACUUCAGCACCAGGUAUUGCAAGAACCAUCAAACAGUAUACAAGAAAGAGUAAAAGAAAUAAUAAGAGUUCUCUUGCGCCACAACUCAUCGAAAGUGAAACCCAGAAUGUUGAAAUCAAAAUGGAGCCCGUGGAACCAUUUGAAUUGGUUGAUAUUAAAGAAAAUAGGGUCAAAAUUGAACAAAUCGACGACAGUGUGAUAAAAAUUGAAAAUGAAGACACAGUACCAGUUGUCAUGGAUGUCAGAAAAGUGAAGAAAGGAUACGUAGCGUGCGAUGAUUGCGAGUACCAAACGUCUAGACGGUAUUCCCUCAUCAAUCAUAUAACAGCUAACCAUAACAAAAAGAAACCAAAGAAAAGUAUAACUCAUAAGUACAAGUGCGAUUUCUGCGAUGAGAAAUUCCCUACGAUACAACAACGACAGGAGCACACUAAAACUCACAAUGGCAAAGGCCUGUUCUGCGGAUGUGGGCAUGGAUAUUGGAAGUUAAACCACAAGAGACGCAACGGGUCGAAAUUCUUUUGUAACCUCUGCGAACACCAAGCAUGUUCCAAAAGCUUGCUCGACUGUCACAUAAUCGAAAUCCACAAAAUGAAAUCACUCACUUUCAAGUGCAACAAUUGUCAAUCAAGAUUCUCCGAGAAAAGUGAUUUGACCGCCCAUUUAAGAGCGCAAGACAAAAACCUUUUCACCGGUUACAAGUGCUCCAGCAAAAAUGCGAAGAAAUGUAAUAGAUACAACGACUUCACAUUUGACUACGACAUGUACAUAUCCAAGGGAAAGAAAAGUUUGUUCGAUUCGAGCAAUAAACAAUAUGAGUGUACUCAGUGUUCCUAUAAGUGUGCACUGAAACAAAAUUUGAAAACGCAUAUGGAAACACAUACUAAUUCAAAGGAGAAGGCCUAUACUUGUCGGUUUUGUAAGUUCAGAUAUUCCUCUUAUGUUGGCCUGGACCGACAUAUGAUGAAGGUCCAUCCACAUAAAAGGCCCUACUUCUGUAAACUGUGCGACUGCAAAUACUCUCGGAUGAAUGAUCUGGUGAGGCAUAUCAGGUCUCAUUUCGGGAGGAACUGAGCCAAUGGCGCUCACAGGGAAACCAGGGUAGGCAUUAGUAGGGUUCCUCUUUACUAGCCUGUCUUCUUCUCUCUGGGCUGAUUUCCGGACUUAAACGUUUCCGUCUGUUGUGCGUGCGUUGCCCCUCCCCGCCGAAGUCUUCACUCCAGCCAUCCAAGCUCGCUCCAGAAGCCGAGUAGACCGCCCAGGUUGCCGAGGGCUUCAUGAAGUGAGGUUAGGGAUCUAGCCAGUCAAACAGUCUAGCCAGUUUUUUUUUAAAGACUUUAUUAGCCAUGUUAAUCAUGACUAUUCCCCUUUCCCCUCCAACUAAGCGCAAAGCUGUGUUAGGAGUACUGCCGACCUUUCGGAAUUCAGUCGGCUCCUUAACCAUUGAGCUAUUGAGGCUCUUACCGGUAUUGUAGCUAACAGCUUGGGUAAGCAGUGCUUUUAUGCCUGUAUGACGCGCCACUGACUGAGCUGAUGAUACAGUAUACCCUAUCCAUGGAAAGAAAUUAGUAUAAAACUCUCUAUUACGUAAUUCUAUACAA